CAAAAGUUUUAAAGGAGUGUGAUCAUGACCAGUCCUUGCAAUUUGCCUGUGAUACCGAGUGGAGAAUGAAUGGUCAUGUAAAGAGUAUGCAUUUUAGACAGUUUAUGGAACCAGCAACAACAUUACUCUCUCUCCUGCUGAUUAUGGCUGUUGAUUCAACCCGAACUGUGGCAGCAAGCAGAAACGAGCAGUGUGGGAAUUCUCUGCAACAGACUCUGAAGCUCACCAGACUCGUACAGAAGGAAUCUGUUGACUUAAUCAAAACAUAUAAAGCCUCUCAAGGAGAAAUAUCAGAGCUCCUCUGCAAGGUGUCUGUCUCCAGCGUCCCUGACCCCAACAUCUCAGGCCUGGAGCCCUCAGAGAGAAUAGUGAGCAUCUACACACACCUCCAGGCCUUCGUCCCACAUUUCAAACGUGUGUACGAGCAGCAGACGGACUUACAGUUGCCCACCAGCCCGCUGCUGGCCAGGCUCACCCGUGUCAGCACUCACAGCAGGAAUCUGGCUACUCUUGUAAACCUCUUCUAUCAGACCCUCUUCCCAAAUGUUCCCAUACCGGAGCCGGCGGGGGGGCCGACAGAACUACCUCCACCUCAGAAUGUGUUCCAGCAGAAAGUCUAUGGAUGUGUGGUGCUGAAAACCUACAAGGAGCUUCUAGCAAAUGUUUCAAGAGAGCUGAGGACUCUGAAAAGCAAAGUGUGCAGGAACAGAAAGAGGAUACAAAUAAACACAUUCUACUUCUGAGGAUGACCUAAGGCUGGCCCUAGUGGAUCUACUCUCAACAACAAUCAUACUCAUGUGUUUGAUAAAGACUUUAAAAUAUAAGUGAGUAUGAAGGUGGCUGGUACAUCAGAGUAAUGAAGCCUAUUUAUGGUAUUUAAUAUUUAUUUUUUGUUUGGUUCUGAUACGGAAGAAUGCUGAUAAAAGGUCAAGAAUGUAAAGGUAUCAAUAUGUAGGUUGUGUAUAUUUAAUUUGUCUAAUGUAAGGUUCUCCUUUACUAAUGUAAAUGUAUUGGCUGUUAAAGGAUUAUUAAAAGUUUAUUUACAGCUGUA